AUGUCUGGGCGCGGUAAGGGAGGCAAGGGUUUGGGAAAGGGAGGAGCCAAACGGCAUCGUAAGGUCCUUCGCGAUAACAUCCAGGGCAUCACCAAGCCGGCCAUUCGUCGUUUGGCUCGCAGAGGAGGUGUGAAGCGUAUCAGCGGUCUGAUCUACGAGGAGACACGUGGCGUGCUCAAGAUCUUUCUCGAGAACGUGAUCAGAGACGCUGUGACCUACACCGAGCACGCUCGCCGCAAGACGGUGACGGCAAUGGACGUGGUCUACGCACUCAAGAGGCAGGGCAGGACCCUCUACGGUUUCGGUGGCUAG